CGAGAUAACAGCCAUUAACUGAGGAGGCUGUGGGAGCUAGCAGUGCCGUGUAGGGAUGGGGAGGACCGACGCCUAAUGAACUGUGUGAAAAUUCCGCACUUGCUAUAGUGUUUCUACGGUCUUUACGUCCACAUUAUUUCAGCAGCCAAAGGGAAGCGAGUCUCCCUUGCUGUACCCUGUGAACCGGUCACGCUCCACGCCUACACUUCACGCAGACACGCACACCCACGCCUGCCUGCCUGCUGGCCGCGGCGGGGACAUGAAUGGCCUUAAAGCAGAACACUCCAUACAACCACGGCCAGGAGCCAUGGCACGCUGGCUGGUGGUGACGGUGUUGGCGGCGGCGGUGACGGGCGGGAGAUGUGAACCCCUGGUGCGGGUGACCAACGCCCCCCACAACAGCCUGGUCAUGGACGCCGAUACCCUGCACUUCAUUCACCCCAAAGGAGAGGCUCACGUGAGGUGGGGCCUCACCCUGCCGGAGGGCGCGGAGGGGUCGCCUUGCGGGGAAGGAGACUCCUGCCUGGACUUCAGCGUGGCUAAGGUGGUGGUGACGACGGAGGACCACUGCCAGAAGGUGGCCUGGACCUCUCCCGUGGACGGAGGUCUAGCUGAGCUGCGGGACUGUGUGCUGCUGGAGGGACACUGGUACGGUGGCGGACAGCAGGCGAGGCAACCGUGGCCGUUGGAGAAACACCCACGCAAGGAAACUGCCUUCGUGACCUCCGACAUGCUACAGGACCGCGUCCACCUGUACGGCGGCGUGUCCGAGGCGUACUGGGUGUCCUCGCAGGGCGUGGCGGUGCGGGUGGAGGAGCAGACGCCGCUGUUCCUGAGAGUUCCCGACACCAACGGCGACUUCAAGGCGGAUGAGUUGUGCCUGUCUGCCCGCCACGAGCGGCCCUUCGCCGCCGCUCCGGGCAGUCCCCUCACCCUCACCUACUUCCUCUGUUCCGCUGACGACGUCAGGAAGGUGCAUGAAACCACCUUCCCCAAGUUCUUCUCGCUGCCUGAAGGCACGCCCGAUUCUCGCAUGAUGCAGCACCCCAUAUGGUCCACCUGGGCUGAGUACUCCGCACAAGUCAACGACUCCAGAGUGCUUGAUUUCGCACGCGGCGUCUCUGAGCACGGCUUUAACAACAGCCAGGUGGAGAUUGACGAUAACUGGGAGACGUGUUACGGCGAGGCUGUGUUCAGCCCAGAUCGCUUUCCAGACCCGCGCGCCAUGGUGGACCAGCUGCACAGCGAAGGGUUCCGUGUGACGCUAUGGGUGCAUCCGUUCAUCAACAACAACUGCCCGUCCUUUACCUUUGCAGACCAGCAGGGUUACUUGGCCAAGGACGCCUCAGGCACCACUCAGCUGACACACUGGUGGAAUGGGAAGGAGGCUGGCCUUGUUGACUUCACCAAUGCUGAGGCUGCUGCGUGGUGGGCACAGCGCCUACUGGACUUGCAGCAGCAGACUGGCAUGGAUAGCUUCAAGUUUGAUGCCGGCGAGAGCUCUUGGCUGCCGGAAAAUUACACGCUGCAGGUUGACGAGCGGUUCUGGCCCAACAUUUACUCCACCAAAUACAUGGAGACAGUGACACAGUUUGGGAACAUGAUCGAGGCGAGGGUGGGUCACAAGACACAACACUUCCCGGUCUUCAUCAGAAUGCUGGAUAAAGACUCCACUUGGAACUACGACAAUGGCCUCAAGACUCUUGUGUCUUCCCUCCUACACUCCGGGUUACUGGGAUACCCGUUUGUGCUGCCGGACAUGAUUGGGGGCAAUGCCUACGGUGGGCGGCCCAGCAAGGAGCUGUUUGUGAGGUGGGCCCAGGCCAACGCCUUCAUGCCGGCCCUCCAGUUCUCUGUCCUGCCUUGGGAGUAUGACGAGGAGGUGACAGAGCUGUGCCGUGAAGUGACGCGCCUGCACUCUGAGUACACCCCACUGCUGCUCAGCCUGGCACAGGAGGCCACCAUCUCCGUGGCCCCCAUGAUGCGCCCAACCUGGUGGCUGUGUCCCACCCUGGAGGAGUGCCUCACUGCAGACCAGCAGUUCUUGGUUGGGGAUGACCUGCUGGUGGCACCGGUGGUGAGAUACAUCAAUGCACACACCCUGGAUGUGGUGUUGCCGCCUGGAGAGUGGCAGCAGGCAGGCACAGGGACGGUUACCAGCGGACCAACUACCGUCACUGUGGCCAACAUUACCCUGAACACUCUUGUCUACUUCACCAGGGUGAUGGUUUGAUGCUGCUCUCGGCCUGUGACUAAUAUGCCUGUAAAGACCUGAAGAUUUCAGUGUUGUACAUCACUGUAUACAGCAGGGAAAUAGUUAAGAGUACUGAGGGUGCAAGCUUUACUCUACCUCUCAGCCUGAAUGUGGCUGUUGAACAGGGAGCUCUGCCACAGUUUGGUCACCUCCUCCGCCUCGCUGGGACUCAGGUCGUCCUUCACCUGCACAAACAUCAUCAGUGUGCGGCCUUUCUUGCUCAUCUUGAGGAGGUUCUCUGGGUCGCCAAUGUUGGAGGGGUCAAAGUGUACCUGAGGCUGCGGCCGCAGGUGUUCUGGCAGCUCAUCCUCCGGCAGUGGCUCCUCAUCUUCCUGCAGGACAUUUUUGUAAUGUUAAUAACAGACAAUAUAAAGAAAACACCUAG